AUGGUUUUCUUCACAUAUGGUUCAGAAGGAAAUCCCAAUUUUCAAAAAUUCUCCUUCUUCAAACUUCAUGUAGGUCAUCUUAAAUUGGUAAUAUUGUGUUUAGGUUGGGGUGUUGAUGGUCGGAGUGUUGGCCUUCGAGCUACUGUGGGUAUUCUCGAGUGCAAAAAUCUUAUUGGUUUGUUAUAACUUUGGAGCCAACAAUGGAAUCGAAGCCUUUUCAUCUCGGAGUUACUUGACUCUUAUCCCAAUCCUGCUUCAUUUGGUGACUAUUUGGUUAGGGGGUUACGGUUGGUGGAUUUGCAAUGGUUUCUGGGUGUUUCCUCUCCUGAUUUCUUCUUUCGGCAUCGCAAUAUCCGGCGUGACGUCCUUGUACUACGCUUUUAGUGUACCGUAAGUGUAUUGUUUAAGUCGUUUAACUCUCUUAGGAUCGCCUUCUUACUAUAUGAACAACCGAUGUUUUUCAUCUCAGUUCUACCAUUGCGUAUUGUGUCAGUAAUAAUCAUAUUUUAUUUCUUGAUGUUUGCAAGAUGGAUGGUUGACGAUUUAGGACACGAACAGGAAUUUAUUGAGAAUGACGUCAUGUUCCAGAUGAACCGGCUGCAGAAGAAGCAUAACUUCUUAUCACAGAAAUGCAUGGCCAACUAUUUGAACAACGUAUUAAAAUGA